UGAGGCUAGAAGGUACAAAUCCAUCCAUCACUCGCUUUACCGAGAGCGGAUCCGCUCGGUGCUCGGUACCAGGAGAGGAGAAAGAGAGCGUCCCCACCCAGCGCUCACUGGCACGGUUCUGCCCGGCCGCGGGGCUCCUGUCAGCGGCUGCACGGAUCUAACGGGCACGCAGCGGGAGCGGAGGCACCGAUAACCGGGGACAUCCGUGUUAAAUGGAAGCAGCUGGAGGGCAAAUCCGGACCUGCUGCGCUCUUUAAACCGGGGAGGACUUCGGGGACACUAAAGGGACUCGGAGGGACCCGUUUGCUCUGCAGCCGGUUCUGGGUGGCGAAACGCCGCGCUCGGCAGUCCGUGCGGACCUGCGGAGGAUGGGAGAGCGAGCAGAAGCAAGGAAGACGGUGUCGGGAAGACGGCGUCAUAAAACAGGGCAGUGAUGCCGGGCAUGGUAAUGUUUCGGCGGCGCUGGUCAGUUGGCAGUGAUGACCUGGUGCUGCCCGCUCUCUUCCUCUUCAUUCUGCACUGCAUAUGGCUGGUGGUCCUCUCGGUGGUCCUGUUCGGCCUGCCGUACGGCUCCAAUCAGCCGUGCUCGGUCACGCUGGUGGACCACGGGCGCGGCUACAUGGGCAUCCUGAUCAGCUGCCUGAUCUGUGAGAGCGCCAUCAUGUGGCUGAGCAUGAGAGGCAGCAUCUUGUACACGGAGCCGCGAGAGGCCGUGCAGUACGUCCUGUAUAUACGGCUCGCGAUCCUGCUGGUGGAGCUGGUGUACGCCGUGGUUGGCAUCACCUGGCUCAUCCAGUACUACCAACCCUGCCCAGAUAUCACCUCCAAAAACCUGGCACUAGGGAUCGUGGUGUGUAACUGGUUGGUGAUAUUCAGCGUGUGCUUCACCAUGAUGUGCACUUUCGACCCGACUGGACGAACCUUCGUCAAGCUGAAGGCCACCCGCCGCCGCCAGCGCAACCUGAAAACCUACAGACUCAGACACCGGUUAGAAGAAGGUCAGGCCAACAGUUGGACGAGGAGACUGAGGUUCUUCAUGUGCUGCACCAGAGCGAAGGACUCGCAGUCUGACGCGUACUCGGAGGUGGCCAGCCUGUUUGCCGAGUUCUUCCGAGAUCUGGACAUCGUACCCAGUGACAUCAUCGCCGGCCUGGUCCUGCUCCGACAGAGACAGAGGGCGAAAAGAUCUGCCAUCCUGGAUCAGCCCAACAACGACAUCCUGGCCUUCCUGUCCGGGAUGCCCGUGACGCGCAGCACCCGCUACCUGGAUCUCAAGAACUCGGUGGAGAUGGGCAUGUAUAAGGAGGUGUGUUAUUACAUGCUGUUUGCGUUGGCGGCGUACGGCUGGCCCAUGUACCUGCUGAGGAACGCGAGCUGCGGCGUCUGCAGGCUUCUCAGCUCCUGCUCCUGUAUGUCCGGCUCAGGUUCUCGUCUCUCCCACUCGGUGACGGUGGAGGAGGACAACUGCUGCGGCUGUAACGUUCUGGCGAUCCGCCGCCAGUUUCUGGACCGAGACCUGAAGCAGGUUCAGAUCGUCUACACGUCCUUCCACGACGCCGUGUACGAGACGCCGUUCUUUGUAGCCGUAGAUCACGGGAAGAAGAAAGUCGUCAUCAGUAUCAGAGGAACGCUGUCUCCUAAAGACGCUCUGACUGAUCUUACCGGAGAUUCGGAACGUUUGCCCGUGGAGGAACAUCACGGAGUCUGGCUCGGCCAUAAGGGAAUGGUCUACUCGGCCGAGUACAUCAAGAAGAAACUGGAGCAGGAAAUGAUUCUCUCUCAGGCCUUCGGCAGAGACUUGAAUAAGGGAACGAUGCACUAUGGCCUGGUGAUUGUGGGUCACUCUCUGGGCGCGGGCACUGCCGCCAUCCUGUCCUUCCUGCUGCGCCCCCAGUACCCAUCACUGCACUGCUACUCUUACUCCCCGCCCGGAGGGCUUCUCAGUGAGGAUGCGAUGGAGUACUCUAAAGAAUUCGUCACCUCUGUGGUUUUGGGGAAAGACCUCGUCCCCAGGAUCGGUCUCUCUCAACUCGAGGGGUUCCGUCGUCACCUGCUCGAGGUGCUACAGAAAAGUGAUAAACCCAAGUGGAGGAUCAUUAUAGGGGGUACGAAGUGCAUCCCCAAAACGGAGUUACCCCUGGAGGACGAGGUUCCCUCUCAGGGUGUGACUCCCACCACCUCCAGGCUCUGUCUCCACCCUAGUGACCUGAGCAUCGCCCUGUCUGCCUCGACGCCCCUCUAUCUGCCCGGGCGCAUCAUCCACGUCGUCCACAACCACCCACCCGAGAGCUGCUGUGGGCAGGAGGAACCCACCUACUCGGCCCUGUGGGGGGACAACAAGGCCUUCGACGAGGUGAUCAUCUCCCCGGCCAUGCUGAACGAACACAUGCCACACGUGGUGAUGGAGGGGCUCAAUAAGGUUCUGGAGAACUACAAUAAGGGGAAGACGGCGCUCCUGUCCGCUGCUAAGAUCAUGGUCAGUCCGACAGAAGUGGAUCUACACGCCGAGACCAUCUUUCACGGAGCCUCCAACCCCCACGAGCCCACGCCGCAACCCCAGCACCGCCGGAACAGCAGCGUCCGCUCCUGCGCUCGCUCCGAGAUCUCCCUGGACGGCUUCUCCGAGUGCCCCCCUCCCAACGUGCCCGUGGUGCUGAUGGGCGCCCGCGAGCGCCUGGCGCUGGAGCUCCGGGAGCGGAAGGCGCCGCUGGCCAUCAUGGAGAGCCUGUCGGACGUGGACUCCAUCUACAGCAUGGACUCCCGCCGCUCGUCCGCCGCUCUGAGGGGCUCGCCGUGCCUCGGGACGCUGCCCUUUUCCCUGGACGCGCCCAUCCCCGAGGAGAACCCGUCCCUGAGCUCGCGGACCGAGCUCAUCCAGGCGUCGCCGGAGCGGGAGCUGAUGGGACAGACGGGACCCUACUGUCCCACGCCGCCGGAACUCGCCGCGCCUUCGGCCGAGACUCGCCGACUCUCCCAAAGCAACUCUGCUCGCGGGUUCGCUCAGUUCCCGGACAAGCCGAUCGCAGACGCCCAGCAGAGGGCGCUCUCACUAUCCAAUCCUGAGACGUUUUACAGGUCGAGCGGGUGUAACAGCCAGGAAAUGAGUCCCGCGCCGCCAUGGGCGGGUCUGAUAGACGAGGGAUCCGAGGAGAGCGAAAAAGACGACAGCACGGAGAGAAAGGAAAGCGCGAGAAAAGCCCAAACGGCGCCUCUGUCCAACGGGAACCCCAGCCAGGCCGUUCUGGAGUUCGCUCAGUAUCUGGACUCUCUUUUCAAGCUGGACGGGAAGGACGCACUCCCGCUGGACAACGCCGAUUCCGACGGCGAGUCCGAAUCGGGCCGCGGCUCCUCGGUGCGUACGGAGGAGCAGCGCCUGGACGACCUGGACAGCGAGCGGCAGCUAUUGGUCAGAGCCACGGUCGAGCCCAACCUGGUCCCCAAGCCUCCUCGGACCUUCGCCGGCUCCGCCGAACCCUCGUCCGGCGUCUCGCCCUCGCCGUCGUUCCCUUUAUCCCUGUCGUCCGGGGAGAUGAACGACCUCUCGCCUGUGAAUCACGGCGCGCUACGGACUUCCGCCACGUCUCCUUACGCCGAGGAGAACGCGCUGCCGUCCGUGGUGUAGGAGACCCUCAGGGGUGGGCGCUCGCACCUCGUAACUUGGUCGCUCUGGUCUGCUAAGUCGGUCGUAGUUUGAUGGUUUUAAGGGGGGAAAUUCCUGCUAUUUGAGUCUUAGCCCG